UGUGAGUGUGCGUGUGUUUGUGUGUGUCUUAUUUACAUAUUCCCUGCCUGGCAGAGGUGGCGGCGUUGCCCUUUGCACAUCUCCGACAGAAAGGGCAUUCAUGAUACAACAUUUACACAAUUGAUAUGUUUGCACAGACAGCGAGAGAGAGAUAUGAGGCAGCUGAAGGUUUAUAAAUCAGGUUGAGUCUGUCACACAGUUUUAGAGGUGUGAGGUAGAGAGGGGGGAUAUAAAUGCAGCCAUAAAAGGGACUCGUUCUAGAAUGCAGUUAACCACCUUUUGCCGCCGCAACAGGCAUGGAAUUUUUGUGGCUGUACUCUCUUUGCCAGUGCAUCGUCUCAGUGGCCGUGAUAGUGGUGAGCGUGAGGUUAUGUAUCGCGGUCGGCGGCCCAGCGGCCGACGUCCACGGCGGGAGCCAGGGCGCAAGUCCCCGGCACGGGAGCGUGUCUUACUGCCUUUGCCUGUGCCUGGGCUGGGUGGGCGCUAUAGGGGGCGCGCUGGAGAUCCCUGUCAUUGUCUUCCUUAACUCAAGGACCCCGCAGUGCUUGUACACCUGUAUCACUCUGGUGUGCUGCCCCCUGCUUGUGAGGCAGUUCACUAUGUGCCUGCUGGUGCUGCUCACGUUGGACUGCCACCUGCAGCACCACUGGCCAAGCAGGUACUCCAGUCUGGUGACCUGUCAGCGAGCCUUAUGUGUGGUCCUACUGUGCUGGGUGGCUACCAUUCUGACAUCAUUCGGCCAGUUCAUCAGCUCUGACAUCCUCGACAGGUGGGGUAGGAUGGGCCAAGAUCGGGACACAGCUGACCUCGGGUUGGACAGCAACUGGACCACACCUUUACCCAGUCUUACACCUCUCCCUAAAUAUCCCUAUGAGCGGAUGGUUAUUGGGAAGCACCUUCCGUAUGGAGGAUUCCUGUCGAAGUUUUACAUGGAUGACUUGCGUAAUUUCACUUAUGCUGAGAUUCAUAGUAGCCACUGGGGUGUUUGUGCCCCAGACACAAUCCUCAGCCCCCAGUUUUUGGUCUAUGUCCAUGGGACAGCUGUGUUCAUGCUCCCCUUGCUUUUCUUGCUAUUUCUUUACCUCGACCUGCAAUGCAAUAACGGCAAGCAGUUUAGUCAGUCAGACGCCCCUAAGUAUGAUUACCGGAGGCUCCGCUCUCUGGCUCUGUCUGUCUCCUUCUUAGUUCUGCUAUGCCUGCCACUCCAAAUCAGCCACGCUGUCUUGCUCUUCACCCCCAGUGCCACCCUCCCCUCCUGGGUUCACGCCAUGGCCGUGUUCUUCUUUCAGUUGUACGGUCUCGUGCCCCAGGUUCUCUUCACUCCCCCUGGGAAACGAGAGAGUGAUGAGCGGGGAGCAUUAGCGCUCUCUGCUCAUCUUCCGGAGGUGUCGCUUUCCACAGGGAAGUCUGUCCAUAAGGCCUUGUGUGAGGUGGCCAACGCUGCUUCAUGGGCCUCAGCCAAAAACUCCCUGAAAGCAAAAGUGUACCCAGAGGUCUGAUAUCCAAAGGUUCCUCUGUCCAUAGGAACAUGGCUAUUUCAAAAUAUACUUACCUACACAAAUUAUUAAUUGUGAUCGUCGUUUGUUUAUUUGUCAUUAUGCAAAAAGUGCACAACCUAUGUCUUGUGUUUCCUAAAAGAACCUAAUAAAUGUGGAUGCAAAUCUGUCCCCCUCGCACCAGAAAUGGAAACAAGCACUGCAUAAUUUUA